AUGGAUGUGACGGCCGAGCAGCCGCGCUGGAUGCACCAUCACGCCGUGCUGAACGGACAACACCCGGACUCCCACCACCCCGGCCUGGGUCACAACUACAUGGAGCCCACGGCGCAGCUGCUGCCCCCGGACGAGGUGGAUGUUUUCUUUAAUCACCUGGACUCGCAGGGGAACCCGUACUACCACAACUCCGCCCGGGCCAGGGUGUCCUACAGCCAAGCGCACGCUCGCCUGACGGGCACUCAGGUCUGCCGGCCUCAUCUCAUCCACAGCCCGGGGAUCUCAUGGCUGGACGGGGGCAAAGCAGCCCUGUCCGCCCACCACCACAACGCCUGGGCGGUCAGUCCCUUCAGCAAGCCCAGCCUGCACCACCCGGGCUCCGCGUCCCCCGGCGGCCUCUCCGCGGUCUACCCGUGCAGCAGCAACUCCAACACGGUCUCCGCGCCGUCGUUAACGCCGCCGUCCCACGGCAGCCCGCACCUGUACGCCUUCCCCCCCACGCCGCCGAAGGACGUGUCUCCGGACCCGGGGGCCGUGUCCCCCUCGUCGCUCACCAGGAUGGACGAGAAGGACUCUAUCAAAUACCAGGUGUCGCUGGCGGAGGGGAUGAAGAUGGAGGGCUCCAGUCCGCUGAGGAGCAGCCUGGCCUCCAUGGGCGCCCAGACGCCCUCCACCCACCAUCCCAUCCCCACGUACCCCACCUACUCUCUACCGGCGGCACACGAGUACGGCGGCAGCCUGUUCCACCCGGGCAGCCUGCUGGGAGCAUCGUCUGGCUUCAUGCACAAAAACAAGGGCAAGGCCCGUUCCUGCACCGAGGGCCGUGAGUGUGUAAACUGUGGAGCCACCUCCACGCCUCUGUGGAGACGUGACAGCACUGGACACUACCUGUGCAACGCCUGCGGGCUGUACCACAAGAUGAACGGCCAGAACAGACCACUCAUCAAACCCAAACGCAGGCUGUCCGCUGCCAGACGAGCAGGCACCUGCUGUGCUAACUGUCAGACGACCACCACCACACUCUGGCGGCGCAAUGCAAAUGGCGACCCUGUGUGCAACGCCUGCGGCCUCUACUACAAACUGCAUAACGUGAACCGGCCUAUGACCAUGAAGAAGGAGGGGAUACAGACACGCAACCGGAAAAUGUCCAACAAAUCCAAAAAGAACAAGCGGUGUGGAGACAGCUACGAGGAGUUUACCAAAUGCCUGCACGACAAGGGCUCCCCGUUCAGCGCCUCCUCUCUGGCCGGACACAUGUCCAUGGGCCACUUGCCACAUUUCAGCCACCAUGGACACAUGCUCCCUACACCCACCCCGAUACACCCUUCAUUUGGCCACCCGCACCACUCAAACAUGGUGACGGCCAUGGGCUGA